GGUGACAACUGGCCGAGUCCCCCACCGGGGACCAUGAUGCUGCGGGCGGUGGGUAAAGGCAGCGCUGCGGGCCCGGAGGGCGGCGCAGAGGGCGGCGCUGGCGGCGUGAAAGGCGCCUUUGUGCAAGCCCGGGUGUAGGACCCGGGGAGUGCAGAGAGCUGACCGAGACCUGGAGUUGGGGGACGGAGGCAUCCCGCACUCAGCCAUCUCCAGCAGGAUCUCCAGCAGGACAGUCGGGUAGCGCGGUGGAGAUGGUCUGAGGCGGUGGCCAGGGGCCGGGAGUGGGAAGAAAGCAGUUUCGAGGAAGUUGGGGGAGAGGGACUUGUCUCCCCGCCCUCUCCCCCUAGGUGGCAGAGGCCCCGCUGGCUAGGAGGGUGCAACCACUGGCCCCGGAGCUCACUCCGGAAUCGGCAUCUGGACAGCGGCCCCCGGGUGGAGCCGCCCGCCUGCCGCCCACCUGGGGCAGAGCGGCGGGCAGGCGCGGCGAGGCCUCCCUUCUGCGUCCCGGCCGCGUGGCUUGCGGCUUAUUUUCCCAGCUGGCAAGCGUCGCUCUGCAGACAAGGGAAUGCCUGUGGUCCUGCGUGUUCCGGAGCUCGGGGGCAUCCUGAUCCCGCUGAGCCCCUUCCAGGUGCGGAAGGGUUAAGAAUGAUGAAGAAGAGGAGGAAGCGAGGCGCGCCCCCCGGCCCAUGCCGCAGCCAGAGGCCCGGCCCAGCCACCGCGCCCGCGCCGCCGCCCUCGCCGGAGCGCACGAGACCUGCAUGGACGGGCAUGGGCGUGAGAGCAGCACCUUCCUGCGCCGCCGCCCCCGCCGCCGCCGGGGCUGAGCAGCGCCGCCGCCCCGGGCUCUGGCCGCCGUCGCCCCCGCCGCUGCUGCUGCUGCUGCUGCUCAGCCUUGGGCUGCUCCACGCAGGUGACUGCCAGCAGCCAGCUCAAUGUCGAAUCCAGAAAUGUACCACGGAUUUCGUGUCCCUUACUUCACACCUGAACUCUGCCGCCGAUGGCUUUGACUCCGAGUUUUGCAAGGCCCUCCGCGCCUAUGCCGGCUGCACCCAGCGAACCUCAAAAGCCUGCCGCGGCAACCUGGUGUACCACUCUGCUGUGUUAGGUAUCAGCGACCUCAUGAGCCAGCGGAACUGUUCCAAGGAUGGUCCCACAUCCUCUACCAACCCGGAAGUGACCCAUGACCCUUGUAACUACCACAGCCACGGAGGAGUCAGAGAACACCAGGGAGGGGACCAGAGCCCUCCCAAUUACCUUUUCUGCGGCUUGUUUGGAGAUCCUCACCUUAGAACUUUCAAGGACCAAUUCCAGACAUGCAAAGUGGAAGGGGCCUGGCCCCUCAUAGACAAUAAUUACCUUUCAGUUCAAGUGACGAAUGUGCCUGUGGUCCCUGGAUCCAGUGCCACUGCCACCAACAAGAUCACUAUCAUCUUCAAAGCACACCACGAGUGUACGGAUCAGAAAGUGUACCAAGCUGUGACAGAUGACCUGCCAGCGGCCUUUGUCGAUGGCACCACCAGUGGUGGGGAUGGCGAUAUCAAGAGUCUUCACAUCGUGGAGAGGGAGAGUGGCCGUUAUGUAGAGAUGCAUGCCCGCUACAUAGGCACCACAGUGUUUGUACGGCAGCUGGGUCGCUACCUGACCCUUGCCAUCCGAAUGCCCGAAGACUUGGCCAUGUCCUAUGAGGAGAGCCAGGACCUACAGCUGUGUGUGAACGGCUGCCCCACCAGUGAAUGCAUUGAUGACGGACAAGGCCAGGUGUCCGCCAUCCUGGGGCACAGCCUGCCACACACCACCUCAGCGCAGGCCUGGCCUGGCUACACACUGGAGACUGCCAGCACCCAAUGCCAUGAGAAGAUGCCAGUGAAGGACAUCUACUUCCAGUCUUGUGUCUUUGACCUGCUCACCACUGGUGAUGCCAACUUUACCGCUGCAGCCCACAGUGCCUUGGAGGACGUGGAGGCCCUGCACCCCAGGAAGGAGCGCUGGCAUAUCUUCCCCAGCAGCAGCCGUGCAGGGGGCACUGACUUGUCUGUUGGUCUUGGACUCACAUGCCUGGUCCUUACUGUGUUUUUGUAGGGCUUGUUUGUUUUUUGUUUUGGUUUGUUUUUUUUUUCCUGGUUUUUUUUUUUUUUUUUGUCUAUAACAAAAUUUUAAAUAUAUAUUGUCAUAAUAUAUUGAGUGAAAGAGUAUAUAUAUGUAUAUACCAUGUAUAUGACAGAUGUUUGUCCUAGAACACCAGAUUGUACAUUAUGUGUUUGGCUGUUUUCACAUAUGUUGGUUGUAGUGUUUUUUGAUUGUAUCAAUUUUAUUUUGCAGUUUUGUGAAAUGUUUUAUAAUGUCCCUGCCUAGGGACCUCUUAGAAAGCACUUUAUUUUUUAUAUAUUAAAUAUUUAUGUGUGUA